UGUCUCUCUCUUCCUUCCCUUCCAUUUCAAUUUCUGAUGGUCUCUAUCCAAUAAAUAAAUAAAUAUAACAAAUAAAAAAAAUAAAAAAACAAAAGUUAUAUUACAUGAGUGAACUAUUAACUCCAAGCUUUUCCUUUUGGUCUAGGUCAACCUGAUGGACAGCACCAACUGGGUGACUAACCAUACUGGAUGGUCAGAGUUCACUCUGGUGGGACUCUUUGUUCAAUCCAAUCACCCAACUCUCCUGUGCAUGGCUAUUUUUUCACUGUUUUUUAUGGCCUUGUCUGGAAAUAUUAUCUUGAUCCUUCUGAUAUACUCUGAUGUUCACCUCCACACACCCAUGUACUUUUUCAUUAGUCAGUUGUCUCUCAUGGAUGUGAUGUCCAUUUCUGUCACUGUGCCCAAGAUGCUCUUAGACCAGAUCACAGGUAUGAAUAAGAUUUCAGCCUCUGACUGUGGAAUGCAGAUGUUCCUAUAUUUGACACUGGUAGGUUCUGAGUUUUUCCUCCUAGCUGCCAUGGCCUAUGACCGCUAUGUGGCCAUCUGUCAUCCACUGCGAUAUCCUAUUCUCAUGAACCACAGAGUGUGUCUCUUUUUGGUAUCUGGUUGCUGGUUGUCAGCAUCAGUAGAUGGCUUCAUGCUGACACCUGUCACAAUGACCUUCCCCUUCUGCAGGUCCCGGGAGAUCCAUCAUUUCUUCUGUGAAGUCCCUGCUGUAAUGAAGCUUUCCUGCUCAGACACCUCCUUGUAUGAGACACUCAUGUAUCUGUGCUGUGUUCUCAUGCUCCUUAUACCUGUGACAGUCAUUUCCAGCUCUUAUUCUUUCAUCCUGCUCACUAUCCACAGAAUGAACUCAGCAGAGGGCCGUAAGAAAGCCUUUGCCACUUGUUCUUCCCACAUGACUGUGGUCAUUCUUUUCUAUGGGGCUGCAGUCUACAACUACAUGCUCCCCACCUCCUACCAUACCCCUGAGAAGGACAUGGUUGUAUCUGUCUUUUACACAAUACUCACUCCUGUACUGAAUCCUUUAAUCUAUAGCCUCCGGAAUAAAGAUGUCACUGGAGCUCUGAAGAAAAUGUUGAAUGUGGGUUCUAUCUUUCAGGAAACUGUCAAGUAGCAAAGUUUGGUGCUAAUAUUUUUCAACUACAUAUUAGAAAUUUAUGAAAUAUGCCACUGUUAUUCCUCAGAUUCUCUUGUCAUGGUAUGUCACUCAAUAAUCAUUUUUUUCUUUUUUAAUUUAAUUUUAUUUUUCUUUUGCCAUUAGGGUUAUUGCUGCAUCUUUCUUUUGAGGAAUUUUUUGUGUAUCAAAACAUAAUAUUCAAAGUAUAUUCAAUAACCAUUGAAUACCAACUGAAUGUUUUCCAUUUUAAGUUCUUGCUGCUUUCCAAAUAUUCUUAUAUAGUUGGUCUUAUAUUAAUAUUACAUUUUUCUGAUAUGUACAUGUUUAAGAAUAUUUAUGACUAGCUAAUUCUUUUUCUGCCUCUCUUAUUCUGUUCU